AGCUUUGGAUAGAGAUAUAUUUAUCGGACUGGGCGCACUGAAGAUGCUGAGGAGACAUUUAAGGGAGAUUCCUGCUUCAAAUGGAAAUGUGUCAAAUUUUGGAUGGUCAUGGGAUUCAAACAAGGCAUCAGAUUUGCUAUGUGGAAUGGGGGUUUCUCCCAUGGAGAAAGAUCCACAAGAUUUGGAAAACACCCCUCAAGACCAAAUGAUAAAAAUGACCCCACCUCACAAACGUCAAAAUCUGAAAGAGAGAGAUGACGUAUUUGUAAUUGCAAGACGACCCAGGCAAGCCAGAGCUCUUCAGCCAGUGAUUUCCUGGGACGCUCUUCCUGAUGAACUGCUAUUAAGUAUACUCUCUUACUUACAUCUCACUGAACUCUUGAGAGUAUCCCGAGUUUGCAAAAGAUGGCACAGGCUAUCAUCUGAUGAAUCCCUUUGGCACAGCUUGGAUCUGUGCGGCAAACAUCUGGCUGAUGGAGUAGUUGGAAAGCUAUUGUCUAUGGGUGUGGUUGUAUUUCGUUGCCCCAGAUCCUGCAUUGGAGAACCCAUAUUUAAAAAGACAAGACCUCUGCGUUUGCAACAUGUUGAUCUCUCUAACUGUACAGUUAGUGUGGAUGCUUUGCACGGUAUUCUAUCCCGCUGUCAUAAACUGCAGAACCUGAGCUUAGAGGGACUGACUUUGUCUGAUGAAAUAAUGCAUGGUAUUGCUAAAAAUUCAGCUAUGGAACGACUAAAUCUUGGUGGCUGCUCUGGGUUUUCUCCUGAAACACUUAAAGAAAUGUUAAGCAACUGUACUAGGGUGGAGGAAUUAAAUCUUUCCUGGUGUGAUUUUACAGCGGACCAUAUAAAAGUUACAGUGAAUCACAUUCCUAGCCAUAUAACACAACUAAAUUUCAGUGGGUACCGUCAGAACCUUGAGAUACCUGAUUUGAAAUCCUUACUUGAAAGGUGUCCUAAGCUUACACAUUUGGACUUGAGUGAUAGUGUCCUGCUGACUUCUGAGUGCUUCCCUAUGUUCCAGCAGCUCACCCACUUACAGCAUCUUGGUCUUAGUCGUUGUUAUCAAAUAUCUCCUGCAAACUUGCUUGAGCUUGGACAAGCCACUCUUCCUCUGAAGACACUCAGUGUGUUUGGUAUAGUGACAGACACUUCAUUUCAACUCUUGAAAGAAUCCCUACCUCAUAUAAAAAUAAACUGCUCAUUUUUCAGCACCAUUGGCAGACCCACAACUGGACACAAAAGAAACAGAGAAAUAUGGGGCAUGAAAUGCAAAUUGACAUUAAAUCGUACAGACCUCUUUUAAACAGAAAAAAAUAGUUCUACAUAGAAGAGACCAAGAAACUUGAAUUUUACUUCCCUACUGAAAUCAGACGUUUGCAUCAGCAUUUUUUUUUUUUUUUUUUUUUUUUUUAUGCACGUAAAUCAAGUGGUAUUGCCGACAUGUUAUUGUAAAAAUAUACUUUAUUCUGUCUAGAAACCAUUUCUAAACAGCUUUACGGUAUAAUACCAAAAUGGUCACGUUAAGUCUUCAGUAACCUUUAAAAAGUCGUUUUUUUGUUUUUUUUUUUGGUUUUUUUUUAUGAAGCCACUUCUGGUGAAAAUGAGAUCCACUACAAUCAGAUUUAAAAAUAUUGAAAUGCUUGGUUUAAUUUUUUUUUGUUUUAUG